AUGAAAUUCUUUGGUUGGCUUCUUCUCAGAGGCAGGCUUAAAACGAGGGAUAGGCUAUCCCGCUUUGGGUUGAUCCAGGAUAAUUCUUGUGUGCUUUGUAAUGAGGAUAAUGAAACAAUGGACCAUUUAUUUGGUUACUGUAAUUUUGCAACUUCUGUGUGGAAUGCAGCUGCCAUGACCCCUCCUAUUGACUGGAAGGAAGGCCUUAUUAAGGUGGCGCGUAAAUGGUUUAUAGAUAAUCACUAUGACUCUAAUCUUUUUGGGAAAUUUAUUGUGACUUGUUGGCAGAUAUGGAAGGACAGGAAUGAUGCAGUAUUUAGGGGCAAAACCCCUAGAUCCAAUGCCACAGUAGCUGCUGCUGCAGCUCACCUACUUGCUAUGAGUAAUAUUCAGACUGAUUCUAGUUCAACUAGGAAUUUGGAUACUCCCGGAACAGACUCUGAAAUGAUUAGGUGGUCACCACCCCCUUUUGAUAGGGUUAAAAUCAACUUUGAUGGCUCAGUCUGGAGGAACUCUACAGCAGGAGGAUUCGUAAUCCGAACCCCUAAUGGUAAUCCACUUGUUGCAGCUUCUUCCAAUUUUGGAAUUACCACAAUCUCAGUUGCAGAAGCUCUUUCACUCCGAAACAGCCUCAUUUGUGCCAAGGAGAGAGGCUUGUCCAGAGUGGAGGUUGAAGGAGAUUCGAAACUUGUCAUCGAUGCAGUGAAUGGCAUUGCUGCUUCACCUUGGAGGAUCCUCAAGCUAGUUCAAGAAAUUUAG